AUGGGUCAGGAAUUAAACGGUAGCGCCAACGGGAAUGGACUGAAUGGACUUACCAAGGGCCAUUUGAAAGGACACACGAAUGGGUGUGUGGCAAUCAUUACUCUUCUAGAGGCCUUAGCUGACAGCCUGAUCAGACACACCACACCACAGAAGCCAUCCUCAACCCCCCCUCCCCCGAUUGCCAUCAUUGGCAUGGGAAUGCGUCUACCCGGCGGAUGCAAUGACACCGAAUCUUUCUGGGAUCUCCUCAUGAAUAAGAAGGAGGGCAUGAUCCCCGUUCCUUCUACUCGCUGGAACGAAGAUGGUUUCCAUAAUCCCUCCGGAAAGCCGGGCACGAUCCGCAGCAAAGAAGGUAACUUCCUUCAGCAAGAUCCUGCAGUAUUCGACGCGGGUUUCUUUUCUAUGACUGCGUCGCAGGUGGAACAGGUAGAUCCGCAACAGCGAAUUCUGCUAGAAACUGUCUAUGAAUCGCUAGAAAAUGCCGGAGAAGGUAACGUCAGAGGGAAGAAUAUCGGUGUGUAUGUGGGAACUUUCGCAGAGGUAUGUUGGCUGUGUCGAAGUGCGGCGCGGUGGCCUUGCUAA